AUGCGCGCCACAUUUCAGCUCUUGAAGCGGUCCGUUUGGAAAGCGUGUGAUCCCUAUAACCUAAGCUCAGGCGCUUACAUCUUGUCAAUCAUAUGCACAGGACCGAACCUCGUCUUCCCCGAGCUUCCUACAGUCGUCCAUGGCAAAACGCCCACGACGAUAAAAACCCAGGCGCGGUCCGCCACCAUCCUACCCAAUUUUGUCGGCCUGAAGUUUGCGGUGCACAAUGGAAAGAUAUAUCAGGACGUGUACAUCACUGAAGAGAUGGUUGGCCGGAAACUGGGCGAAUUCGUGCCGUAA